CUCAAUGUGGCAACCUAACAAUAAUUCCUCACUAUGUUUUGAAUCACUUACACUAUUACAACUGUAAACACUGCUGUGGUUCUGUAGUUGAAGUUGUCACCACACAAGCAGCCUGGCUUCUGUCACGGUCAUCUGAUGAAUAAAUAGCCCACUAUGCUCCUGCCCAGACUCUGGCAUCUCCAGCUGUCUCAUUCCAGCGGGGCUCAGCCUCUAAACAACACUGAUACUCUGUUCAGCUGGCAAACAGAGCGAGCUGCACCAAUAAGGUCAGAGUUUACUGUUAUUCCUUUCCAAAUCCUACAGGAAGAAAAACUAGCAGAAAUAACUCCAGCCAGGAACAUCAAGUAUUUCGGGAAAUUAUCUAACUUGUCUAAGUGUCGAGUAUAAUUUGUGAUAAUUAUACAACAACACUAAAGGUGCAGAAAUGAGCCCAGAGGAGGAGCCAGAGUAUCAGACACCACCCACUUGCGAUCUGUUUAGCCUUCUGCUGAAGAACAGACGCCCCACUGGAGCUGUCAACGAGGUUUGGCCCAACCUCUACAUCGGAGAUGCGGCAACAGCUCAGCAUAAAACCCUGUUAGCGAAUCUGGGAAUAACACAUGUGGUGAAUGCUGCAGAUGGCCCCCAACACAUUGACACUGGGCCACGUUUCUACAGAGACACCAACAUACAGUAUCAUGGAGUAGAAGCACCAGACUGUAAAGAGUUUGACUUGAGCCCAUUCUUCACUGAGACGGCUGAUUUCAUUCACGGUGCUCUGAGUCAGAAAGGUAAGGUGCUCAUCCACUGCGCACGAGGAAUCAGCCGCUCAGCGACUCUAGCACUGGCCUUCCUCAUGAUCAAAGAAAGACUUACCCUCGUAGAGGCUGUGGAGGCUGUUCGCAGGCAAAGAAACAUUCUUCCAAAUGUUGGAUUUCUGAAUCAACUCUGUCACUUGGACUCCUCCUUGGCCCUGCAGAGGAAAACAACAUAACAUCAAAGAAUAGAGAAAUAGAGUACUGGGAGAAAUUUUUUAAGCUUAAAGGACUAUUCCCUGUAGUUUUGCAUGUUUUGAUCUGUUCAAUACAAAUCACAUAUUCUUUACAUUACAGCUAAACAUUUUGAAAACGUCACUGCUUUGAUUUAGAUUUUUUAACAUGUUUUUCUACCUUCCGGGCAGCCAUUGGUUUCCAGUAAUUUACAUACAGUAUGAAAAUCAGUUAGCACACUUUUCGAACUUACUUGAGUUGUGUAAUACAUUACAAAGACUCAUUUUCAUUGCUUUACCAUGCAGUUUACGUGCAGAUUCAAUUCAAAGGUCUGCACUAUAUUACUUCAUAACGAUAAAGACACAAAUAAAUGCAGACUUGAUAUUCAUGGUGGAUUACAAAACUCAAACAAGUUUCAAGAGCCCAUUAAAGACUCAAGUCAGACUUACAAACAAAACUAGGGACUUGACUUGGCUGUAAGACCUGAAUAACUUGAGACUUUAUUACUACUAAAGACUUGACAAGACACUCUUUUUGACCUGGUAAAAUCCUGAAACUAAACAACAGCCCUUGCAUAGCCACACAGCUUGAAUAUUUAUUCAUUAUAUAUUAACAUAAAAUUAUUACAGCUGUCCUUAAAAGGAAUUCAUCUGAGAUAUUUUAAAACACAACAGCUUCAAGGAGGAAAAUGUUGCGAUGUCAUUUUAAAUGUUAGCAGUCUUGAGACUUGAAAGACUUUCAUUUUGAUUUGCAAUUUGCUUAUGAAGACUUGACUUCAACUUUCAUUGUGUCUUGACUUGGACUUGUCUCAAAUUCCUUAAGACAUAACUUGGACUUGUCUUGAUGACUUGAGACUUGUUGUGAUAAAGCUGUGACUUGACUAGGACUUGUCUUGCAUUAUUUGAGACUUGAAUUAUGUAUGCAUUUAUUUAUUUAUUUAUCUUCUAACGCUCCCCUGGUAGGCUAUAGAUCAUGUGCCUGCAUAAUGUUACACUUUUAUGAAAUGGCCAUUCCAUCCUCUUGGCUUUUAUUUUAAUAUAUUUACUUAUACUUCUGGGUCACCUGUUUUGCUUUUCUUCAUGUCUUUCUUCAAAAGGAAAAAUGAAAAAAGGAAAUUACAAAAAACUAAACUGGACUGUUAUUUGAAUUUGGUUUUCUCAUUUUUUGAUUCUGACAACAAAAAAAGGAAAAACGACUCUUUUUCCAUUUUUGGUUUAAAAUGAAAAAACAUACUGCCAGAACGUACACGGACCUUGGAAUUAUCUCAAAGUCGUUGGACUUGUCUUGAUGACUUGAGACUUGAUUUAAGACUCGCUGUGAUAGAGCUGAGGCUUGACUAGGACUUGUCUUGCAUUAUUUGAGUUUUGACUUUGACUUGUCUCAAAUGACAUGUGACUUGACUUGAACGAGUCUUGAAUGACUUGUGACUUGACUUGGACUAGUCUCCAAGGACUUGAUACAGAAAAAACAUAAAAACAGCUCUGCUUGUUUUUAUAUUGUGCAGAAAUAAUUUGAAACCGAUGGCUGUCUGCAAUGCCAGAAAAAAUACAUCUAAAGACAGUACAACAUGCAUUUGAAAACAGUCAGCAAAUUGUAAAGUAUACAUGAUUUGUAGUUAAGGAGCUGAAACAUACUGAAACACUGGUAUGCCCCUUAAGAUUAUGUCUAAUACACACUGGUAUGCCCCUUAAGAUUAUGUCUAAUACACAGCACAAUCAAAUCACAGAGGCCAUUAAAACAAAUGUAGCACAACUGCCAAAACCCCUGCUGUACUUGAACAACACAAAGACAGUGUAUGCCUAUAAAUAAACAAUGCUCCACUUAUAUAUUCACAUUUCUUAAAAUACUGUGUCCUAACUGCUGCAAUCCAGUGUCGUACAGUUAAAACUGUGAUGUAUAAAGAGUCUUGAUACAAGAUGAUAAAAAUAUGCCAGCAUGGUUCUGAGUGUGUAUACAGAUUCAGGUCAGACUUUGAAAAGAGAUGAAACGCUGAAGCCAUCUUAAUAAGAGAUGCUCUCCAGAGCACACUGGGAGAAAGAGAGAGAGAGAGAUGCUGUCAAAAUAAAAGGAAUUGGAUAUCA